GGGCUGGCGCCGGAGAUGGUGCUACAGCAGUGCUGGAUGGUGCAAGACAUGGAACGUUUUGCCAGCUCCGGGACCCAGACAGAUGCUGUGGUGGUGCUGUCGCUGGCACAAGCCGCUGUCCUGGGCCUAGUGUCCGAGAAUGAGUUCUUUGGAGGCACGGUCAAUCCAGAUAGCAUUUUCUCCAGCUUUGCAGGGAAGCUGGAUGACGCAGCAGCUGUUGAAGCGAAGCAGCCCGAAAGCAGCAACUCAGCAGGCCCAGCUCAGGCAGAGCCCCUCGAGGAAGAGGAGGGGCUGGAGGCAGAAGCCCCCUUCGGGAAACAGGCCCGGAGGAGGAAGCGGCCCCCCAUGCGCCUGGUGCCAAAGGUGAAGCAUGAGAGAGGUGAGAAGGAGCAGGAGGAGCAGGAGGAGGGGGAGGGCCCCCCCGAAGCGCCCAUGCCCUCCAGAGGCCCUGGAGAGCAGGCAGAUGGCGGCAGCCUGGAGGAGCCCUGCUCGGAGCAGACCGGGCAGAGCAGCACUGGCAGGAUGGCUGGCGUCAGCCCAUUCAGCAGGCGGCCUCAGCCACUGCAGCCUCCACGAAGGCCUGCGCAGCAAGAACACUCCUUGGGGGCAUACGAAGAAAGGUUUCCGAGCCCCCCCCAGGCCAGCCUGGACAGAGCAGAAGCCUUUUCCAGCGGCUGCAGCUUUCCCCCUGGCCUGCCAUCCCUGAGUGGCAUGGAGAACCCGCUGCCAGCCUCUCCCCCAGAGCAAGGCAAGAGCGGAGCAGGCUUUGCAUGGCAGGAGCCCCUGGACUUUGAGGCAGAGACCCCCGGCGAGCACAGCAAGAAGGUGCACCUGGAUCGCUUGGACAUCAACGUCCAGAUUGAUGAUUCCUACCUAGUGGAGAAGCGCUGGCAGUGCCGCCUGUGCGAGAAGUCCUACACUUCCAAGUACAACCUGGUGACCCACAUCCUGGGGCACAAUGGCAUCAAGCCACACUCCUGCCCCCACUGCAGCAAGCUCUUCAAGCAGCCCAGCCACCUGCAGACCCACCUGCUCACCCACCAGGGCACCCGGCCCCACAAGUGCCAGGUGUGCCAUAAAGCCUUCACCCAGACCAGCCACCUCAAGCGCCACAUGCUCUUGCACUCAGAUGUCAAGCCCUACAGCUGCCGCUUUUGUGGCCGUGGUUUUGCCUAUCCCAGUGAGCUGAAGGCCCACGAGGGCAAGCACGAGAGUGGCCGCUGCCACGUCUGCGUGGAGUGUGGCCUAGACUUCUCCACGCUCACCCAGCUCAAGCGUCACCUGGCUACGCAUCAGGGGCCCACACUGUACCCAUGCCCAGAGUGCAACAAGUCCUUCCACUACCGCAGCCAGUUGCAGAAUCACACCCUCAAGCACCAGAAUGUGCGACCUUUUGUCUGCACCGAAUGCGGCAUGGAGUUCAGCCAGAUCCACCACCUCAAGCAGCAUUCGCUGACCCACAAGGGUGUGAAAGAGUUCAAGUGUGAAGUGUGUGGGCGAGAGUUCACGCUGCAGGCCAACAUGAAGCGGCACAUGUUGAUCCACACAAGCGUGCGCCCCUAUCAGUGCCACAUCUGCUUCAAAACCUUUGUGCAGAAGCAGACGCUCAAGACUCACAUGAUUGUGCAUUCGCCAGUCAAGCCCUUCAAGUGCAAGGUGUGUGGGAAGUCCUUCAACCGCAUGUACAACCUCCUGGGCCACAUGCAUUUGCAUGCUGGCAGCAAGCCCUUCAAGUGCCCUUAUUGCUCCAGCAAGUUCAACCUGAAGGGGAACCUCAGCCGGCAUAUGAAGGUCAAGCAUGGCGUGAUGGACAUCAACCUGGACAGCCAAGGUGGGUGGGGCGGGCAGGCUGGUGGAGGUGGGAGGGGGACAACGCACACCCCGAGGCAACCUGGGGUCUGCCUGCCUUUCUCCCCAGAUCCGAUGCUGGAGCUGGCAGGCACCAAUCCCUCGGAAUUGGACGGGCAGCAGGAGAUGGACGACUACGAGGAAAACACGUACGACUAUGGGGUGGUGGGGAACCCCACCAGUGGGUCUGCCUUGACAGAACAAACCAUGAAGGAGAUAGCAUACUACAACAUGUUGUAGUUGGAGCAGGAAGGGCCUGGCUGAAGGGGGGAGGAGGGGGCGGUUGUCCCCCCCCAGUGAAGCGGGACUCGUGCCGCACAGAACAGGAAAGCCUCUGAGCACGCGGAGGACCAUGCUGCAGCUGCAGUCCUUGCUCUGCUACACCCUGCCGUGGCCCUCCCAGCUGCUCCUUGACCAGGCGUGGCUCUGCUGGUUGGUGGCCCCUGGGCUCGGGCACCAGCCUUGCAGAACAGCGCUUGCCUUAUUCUACCUCCCAGCCCCUGGCCAGGGUGAUGCUCAAGAUCAGCCUGAGUCCUCGCCGAAGCGACUGGGGACCCAGAGCCCCCCGAGCGGCUCUUGGGAGGGUAAGCAGAACCCCCUCGGUUUGCUACCGGACCGGACCGCAAGCACGCGCCUCCCCACGAAUGCCACAAACUACCUCUGCCCUGCACCCAGACAGAGCGGCCUAGGCCAGGAAGCCUGCCCGCCAUCCAGUGGGACUCCGAAGCGCCCCCCUCUUCUUUUCGUGGCAGAACAGUCAAGGCCCCGCCCUGCACAGUCUGUGGCCAUGUGAUAUUCCUGGGGUGAUGCCAUAAAUUGGAUUGCCCCUCUUGUGCAUAGAUCUACUGUGUUUAUUUUCCAGUUCUGAAGAAGUUCAGCAAUAAAUGAAUAUUGUUUGGCAGACGGACUGGCUGUUGGUGCUGGA